UUGAUGUGCAUCGUCGAUUUGGUCUCCCGUUUCAUCUUUGCAUUUACCGGGGACGUUCUCCCGUUCCAGCGGAUCUUUCUCCUUGCCGCAGGAUCCGCCCUCGGGGCCGCGGGAUCAUUCCUGCUGACGAGGGGAACGUCGUUGUGGAUCUUCGUCCUCUACGUUGUCGUUGCAGGUGUUGUGCGUUCCAUAGCCUACGGCCUUGUUUGGGCUUGCGUUGUCGACCUGUUCGGCGCUGAUAGGACUGUGGAGGCGCUGACGUCAAUUCAAAUCUCGUGCGGGAUUGGUUGCUUGUUUGCCUCCUCCGUGGCAGGUCUUAGCUACGACCUUACGGGUACCUACCAGACCACGCACUUCAUAUGCAUUGGACUGUGGGCAUUGUCGAGCCUAUGCUACGCCGUCGUGCACCAGUGGAGUCGAAUCACCUCCUGCAAGAUCAACCGAUCGUCACAUCCUGCCGCCUUGAAUUAAAACCUUCCAUUUGGAUUUGUUUGCAUAUUUGAUGAAAAUGAUGGAAACAUUUUGGAGCCGUGUUAAUGACAGCCACGGGAUUUCAAUCGGUAUUGUUUUCAAUAAUACCAAAUUUUUAAAACUGAAUUCGUUUAAAUUCUUAAAACGAUGAACUUCAAUUCAGUCUCAAAUAUUCACGACCUUACAUACCCGACGUUCUGCUUCGUUUGGUCCUCUCUCUUAUUUUCAUUAGUUUACAUGUUCUUUCGUGAAAGGUUCUACUUAGUCCUCCUCAGUUACAUCACAUACGCCUGAUGAACAAAAUCCUCAUUUUUAGCUGAUAUUUUUUUCCCUUUUUUUGUCUGCCACGUGAUCAUGUUGACUCCGAUAAUUCUACACUUUCACCUGUUCACUUCUGCUUGAAACAUAUUUAUUUAAGUGUGUUCUUUUCCUUGUCCAAUGACGUUCGUCAGCCUUUUCCAUUUUCCAUAAUUUAAUGUGUCCGCAGUGGAAAGGAAAUAAGGUUUAUAAAGAUGCACAUGAAACUGUAUCUAUCUCUUACAAGUAGGCCUAAAAGAAAAAUUUUUGUCACAUUUUCACAGCAUCCAAAAACAUUACAUUUUAUACAAUACCCGCUUUUCUGCACGUCACCUGGCUAAUGGAUCGUUGAUCCCGUCACCUGGCUAAUGGAUCGUUGAUCCCGUCACCUGACUAAUGGAUCGUUGAUCCCGUCACUGGAAUAUUCGUUCUAUUGUUCUUUUCAAAGGCGUUGGACUGGUUCCCGCCUCCAUUUCAUGUACAUGGUAUAGCUCAUUUCCAGUAAAAGAAUAUAAAAAAAAAUGUAGAGACGGGAACUAGUCUAAUACUGCACGGCACACCAAAGGGUGGCGCCUUGGACACGAAACUGUCGGCAAAAGAAAAGACGCCAUGUGUGAGGACCUUAAGUUCUCACAACCUUGCAGAUAUUAUAUAAAACGAAUAAUGAUUGUUUCAUUUUCUUGCCAAACUAAGAAUAAUUUCAUGCUGUGUUCCGUGAUAUGUUAAUCAAAUCACCGGCCACCGCUCGAACUUCUUCUACCGUCGCACCCAUAAACAUUCAGUAGGCCUAUUUGUAUAAAGUAGUCUUCAUGUCAAUUCGAUGGAUUUUCAACCGCCAUCUUUGUCAAAUACAUCCGUGUAUAGUUGUACAAUUUAAUGAAAUUUAAUGCAAUUCACGGAAUCAACUGAGCAAAGACAAUUCAAUCCUUACAUUAUUUAGAGGUUCAUCGGGUGAGAAAUUCCAUAAAAUCUGACCUCAUUGAAACGGUGUUGAAAAGUUCGACAAAGGGUCACUUGGUCUGAUCAAUGAAUGAAUUCAAUGCAGUAUUUGUGUGUUUUAGUCUAGAGACUUAAUUGCAGUUAAUCGUUUAUGAAUGCCAAUGGAUAAAAAUUGUCGAAAGGUGCAGGAAAGCUAUGAAUAUAGAUAAGCAAUAAGAAAAUAUUGAAUAAAUGCAAC